AUGGCUAAAAAGAAAGAAAUAAAGAUGUCAUUUUUAAACAUCUACAACAAUGAGCACUGCAGCUCCAUCAUGGGUCCGAGGAUCUCCUUCUCUGGCGAUUUCAUCAAUGGUUCAGGGCCCGUCAAACACGAGGGACCAGGGUACCGAGACCCGCCCGUGUCCUCUGAUUUUGAGUUUUCGGUUUCUGGGUAUUCCAUGAUUUCUGCUGAGGAGGCGUUCUUCAAGGGGAAGUUGUUGCCACUAAAGGAGAAUUGCUCUAAGAUAUUGGGUACUGAUCAUUUUCAAAAAACUACUACUACAACUCUUAGAGAUGAACUUUCAGUUUCAGUUAAUGAUGAUGAACAUGUCUUGGCAAAGAUACCAAAAAGUCCUGUUAGAUGGAGGGAGAGAUUUGGUUUAAAGAAGGCUCAAAAAGCUGGUCACAAGAGAGGAGUCAAUUGA